GUCGUCAUUUCCGUUAUCCGGCGUUUGGAAAGAGAACAUCUUUUUUCACAGACAGUGCUGCUUGCCAGCUUCGACAAGCUGUACAGUAGUAGAAACAAUUAUGUUAUAAACAUUUCACAGAGGCACAAGCAUCGCAUAUUCGUUUGGAGUAACAACGGUGAUUUUAUUUGAAAACCAUGUCUAACACUGUUUCUUUCAGUACACAAAUAGCUGCAAUCAUGGAUGUGCUAUCAAAGGCAGCUGUCGCAGAAAUAACCAAACUUGUAGACGAGGGCACCGUCGUGCUACGGCUUGAAAUGUGUCGGAAAGAAAAUGAGAUAGAAAGCCUUCAAAAUAGUUUACAGAUGAUGGAAAGAGAAUUGCGGAAAGCUCAAAGCGAAGUAUCAGCACGAGUGGCAAAUGACAGGCAACAUGCUGAGGGAAUUCGGGUUGGGAGUGGGACUCAACAAAAAGGUGAUGAAGAGAACCAAAAAGGCCAGGCCAUGCCUGUAGAGGACCCAGUAGAGAGCUUCAAUGAGCUGCAGCGUUCUGGACACCUUGAAGAGGCGAGGGGUGGACUGGAGUUUCUGGUGAAAGCAGAGCAGGUGGAAGAACAUGUAGCCCAGGGAACCAUACAAGAUCCAGGAAUCACAGACAGUGUGGACUUUAGAAUGGACGAGAGAGAUAGUCAGCUGUGGUCCUCUGUUACACAAGGACUAAGUGGGAAUAAUUCUGGCCACCCAGAUGGGUCUUACUCUACAGGGAGAUGCUUACAGAUGUUCUCAUCUCAGGCAGAUCAAUAUCCCACUCCCAUCCCAUCCCAUCCUUCCUGUAACUCUUUGUCCAUUGUAGGGAAACCACUGGAUGACAUAUUCAGCACUGUCCCACUGAAAGUGGAGCCUGAGAGGCAUCCUGUGUAUCAUGACAAUGCCAUGUCUGAGUCCAUACAUGUUGUGCAGGGGCAGUACAGAGAUACUCUGCAUCCUGUUGUGAGGGAGGGCUUGAUUUUACAUCCCAGACUGCAGCAGCCAGGACCUUCUUCACAAGGGCUCUUGAGAGCAACUGAGAUUACAUCAGAGUCUCACUCACACAACCAAGAGCAUAUUCUUAAUAAGAACAGAUUGAAAACAAAGAGGUUGGUAAAUGUUUGGAGAGCUGUACCAAACCAAAAAGUGUUCAUCUGCUCAUUGUGUGGAAAGACCUUCCACCGCCAUUGUCAACUUGAAGCACACCAGCACUCUCAUGCUGGAGUCAAGCCAUACAGAUGUCUUGAGUGUGGGAAGAGUUUUACUCAGAAAAAAAGACUUAAGUCACAUCAGAGUGUUCACACGGGUGAGAGACCUUUCAGUUGCAGACUCUGUGGCAAGAUGUUUACAAGGCAGGACAACUGCCAAAGACAUGAGCGAUUUCACAGUGGACAAAAGCCAUUUAAUUGUGUUCAGUGUGGUAAAAGUUUCACAGUUCUCAGUAAUCUCAAACUACAUCAAAAACAUCAAUGUAAAUUUGCCAAUGUCAGAAUGUAAGAUUACAACAUGCAAAGUCUAUUUCUCAGCGUUGUACACUUAAUGAACUGUUAAUAUCGAUUGUUGAGCCGUGUAUUGAGAUUAGCAGGUUUAGGUUUCCAACAUGACACUGGUUUCUCAAUUAUGAAUUAAGUAUUUUCUUUGCCUCACCAAGAGAGCAACAGUUGCAUGAUAGCUUGAAUUUUCUUGUGCAUAUGCUCCUGUAGUUACGGUUAUUUUUUUAUCAUAGCAGCAGUUUGAGCUAGUGCAUUUUGGGGUUAAAAAUACAUUUGACAUUUGAUUGCAUUGUAAAACAUCUUUAAAAUUUAUUCAAUGACUUCAGUGUAAGUACAAUUCAACAAAAUGUGAAACUGUGCUUUUUGACACCUGUCAAUGAACCCGUAUUUUUGUUUACAGAUAGUUGAACUGUUGCCACACAGUUCGACAGUAAGCUAGACUAUGUAACUUAAAUUGCAUGAUUAACAUUAUUGCUUGAGAGUUUUGUAUCGUGUUGGUUUUGACAUGACUAAUAAUAGCCGAAUUGUUUCUUCCUGUUGUAGCCACUGUAGGUGUCCACUCCCAAGUGCGACUGUCAGAAGGAUGCAUUGAAGGCUUAUUUUGACUUGGCGUCUGCUCUAGGUCUGAUUUCCCAAAAGCCUCUUAAGGCUAAGUUCAUCGUUAAAACCUUCAUAGUAGCAUCAUUAAACUUCUGUGCUGUUUCCCAAAAACAUUGUUAACUAAA